AUGUACACCCAAGCUUGCGCAUUCUCUCUCUCAUCCGUCUACUCCAAUAUGCUUCGCUCCAUUUCCCUUACCCCCGGCUCCUCCUCAUCCACAUCCACCCCCGCGUCCCUGCUCUCCAACUCCUCCCUUCUUUCUCACAACCCACUCGCGGCGCUGCACGCGACCAUGGGCACGAUCGUCACGAGCGAGAUCACGCCGCGGGUGCUCGUCGCGGACUGGCUCGUCGCGCAGAACUGGGACGCGCUCAACUCGCUUGGCGUGACCCACGUCGUGAGCGUCUGCGAGCUGCCGCCGAUCGUGAGCAGCCGGAUCAAGCACAUGCACGUGUGCAUCGUCGACCUGCCCAUCGCGGACAUCUCGGACCACUUCGAGAAGACGACGAAGUUCCUCCGGGACGCGCUGGCUCAGGAGGGCACACGGGUUCUCGUCCACUGUCUCGGCGGCCUGAGCCGGAGCAUCUCCGUUGUCUGUGCCUACCUCAUCGCCGCGAAGGGCCUCACGGCCGCGGAGGCGAUCGCAUACACCAAAGACCGGCGGCCCGUCGCCCACCCGAACAUGGGCUUCCGCCACCAACUGCGGAACUGGGCCGCCAAGUUCGGCCUCCACGACAACGACGGACUGGAGGGGGAUGCUGCAACGAGCCCGAAGGCGGGCGGCGGGCUGCUGUCGCACGUCAGCCGGCACACAAGCGUGCACCUGCCGAGUCUGCCCGGGUCGGGGCUGCUGCGCGGGGGCGUGGUGGGGAAGAUGGUAUCGGACAGCGUCGGGCGGCUCGCGGGACAUGGGGGGCACGACACCGCGGUGUUGGCGGUCGCGCGGACGAAGGCGCUGGGGCCGGACUGGAGCGGGACGGCGACAGUGGUGACGCAGACAAGCGUGAAUGCAGACCGGUCGGUGGACGUCGCCGUGAGCGUGGCGGAGACGGUGAUUGCGACAGGCACUUUGGCUGGUUUGGGAGAAGUUUAA